AUGGACGCUCAUACGGAAACAUACACCAAACUCGCCUCAUCACGGCAAAGCCGCAUGAAAAUUGACUCUCUCCUCAACCCACCCACUAACUCUGUGGAACGAGACUAUCAGCCCAUCUCACCAUGCGAGACAACACCCUACCACCAGGGAUACCCCUCAUCACCAGGCUACUGGCGCUACCAAGGCUACCACGACACAAGUCCCGGCGCCACCUCAACAGCAACCACCCACGCCUCCAGCAACUCCGCCGCAAGCAUGCACCACCAUCACCACAUGUUCCUAUCCUAUCGACCAAGCGGGUCCGCCCCUUCUAGCCCAGACCCGUACCAGCCGCGUGAGCGCUACGACUCCGUCUCCUCAUCCUCGUCGACAAAUGCCGAUCGCCGGCGUCCCCCGCGCCCAAAGUACGAGGAAGAAGAGAUGUACUUUAUCUGGUACCAUCGCGUCGACCUGUGCCAGGAGUGGAAAGAGGUGCGCGAGAGCUUCAAUCGGCAAUUCCCCAGUCGGCAGAGACGCGGAUUCCAGGGUAUACAGUGCAAGUUCUAUCGCUUUAUCAAGGAGAAGAAGUGUCCUACGUUGCGCGAGCAGAGGAGAAUGAGAGAUGGAGAGUUCUUGCGUGAAGGUGCCAGUUUGGGAGCUGAGUCUGGCGCGCCCAGGUUUGGCGUCAUCGAGUGGGCGAAUGUUUGGUAUCCGUGGAUGAGAGAGGAUCGCGAGACGGCCAUGCAGAUGCAGAGAGAGCAUCAGGCGAGGCAGCAGGCUUGA